AUUUAUAUUUGAGUGGAAGUCAUCAAAUAUGAAUGCAAUUAAUAAAACGGCGAUAGGGAUAGCUGCCGGUGUUGCGGGCACAAUCUUUAUUGGUUAUUGCAUUUAUUUCGACAGCAAAAGACGUGCGGACCCCGAAUACAAAAAGAAAGUCCGUGAGCGUCGCCGUCGUAACCGCAAAAAUGGAACUGCCGGACGUAGUGGAAUUCCAAAUCUUAAUGACCACGAAGCAAUUGAGAGAUAUUUCCUUCAGGAAAUUCAAUUGGGCGAAACUCUAAUUGCGCGCGGUGAAUUUGAGAAUGGUGUGGAGCACCUUGCUAACGCUAUAGUGGUGUGUGGACAACCAGCCCGCCUCCUGCAAGUACUACAGACUUCACUACCAGCACAAGUAUUUGCAAUGCUGAUUCUUAAAAUGCAAGAGUUCGGCAAUCGUGCAAAUGCUGAAAUGAGCGAUACACCUAAAAUAGUUUCAGCUAACUCGAUUGGAGGCGCUGAUAUUCCUGUUGGGCUUGAAGGUGCCCAAUCUUCAAUUCUUAUUGAUGACCUAGAAUAGUUGUUGAAUAUCUGUUGUAAUUUCAAGGAAAUUUGCUAAUAUAUAGAUGUUCAUUUAUAUGCGUAUAUUGUUUGCUUAUGUACCUAGCUGGAGUGGAUAAUUAUAUAUGCUUCUAUGUACAAAUACUUCUUAAACAAUUAAAAUAAAUUUAAACUAAAU